AUGGCUUUCUUGAAGACAGUCCUACUCGCUGCCCUGGGGGCAACUACAGUCUCGGCCCACAGUUAUGUCCUUGAUAUCGACAUUGACGAGAAAUCAUACGUCGGUUUCAAGCCCAUCAACGGCUCCAUCAACGAUCCCGUCAUUGUUGGCUGGAAAACAUCAGCGUGGGAUCAAGGCUGGGUUGGAAAAGACUCCUACUCGACUUCCGACAUUAUAUGCCACAAGAAUGCAUCCAAUGCCCAAGGCCACGCUCCGGUAGCCGCUGGUGACAAGGUGCACAUUCAAUGGAAUGGAUGGCCCCAAGGCCACAAGGGACCCGUCGUCGAUUAUCUCGCCCCAUGCGGCGCCGAGGGAUGUCAGUCCGUGAACAAGACCAGUCUGGAGUUCUUCAAGAUCAACCAGGGCGGCCUCGUCAACUCAACGGCGAUGCAGCCAUUUGGUGAAUGGGCUACCGAUCAGCUGAUUGCAAACAACAACUCCUGGCUCGUGGAGAUCCCCGACACCGUCAAGCCGGGCUUCUACGUACUGCGCACCGAGAUCAUUGCCCUGCACAACUCCACCACGGGGGCACAGCACUAUCCCCAGUGUUUAAACUUGGAGGUCACGGGCAACGGCACCGAAGUUCCUGCUGGCAUUCUCGGCGAGCAGUUGUACAACACAAUGCAGCCAGGUUUGGACCAAAGGCUCAACAUCACUGCGGGAAUCACCAGCUAUCUUGUCCCUGGUCCGACAAUCAUUCCUGAUGCCGUCUCCAUCUCCUUGACCAACCCGAUUCCGACUGGCACCGGCUCUGUGGUCACGGCAACACCAUCGAUACCGCCCAACUCGUCGACCAGCCUGGCAGGUGUGGCCGCUACAACCACGAGACACAGGAACGGAGGCGCGUUAUUGUCCCGACCGACUCCCGGCCCUCAUGUCGAUGCACGAAGGUGGUAUCAUCAGGGACUCGGAUUCUAA